CGUCAUGCUCUGCGCAUACAUUGACCGUCAUGCUCCGCGCCGGCGGAGUGGUUGCCGGGCAACUCACUCAAACGAACAUGGACCCGUCGGAGAAGCAGGCAGAAGAAACCGCCUCAAAUGAGGAGGAGAAGGAGCGCCAGGCCAGCGGCGCAGAGACCCCCCCUACAGGGGAGGAGGUGGACGCAGACACAGCAGAGACGGAAGAGGGAGAGGACUCCACGGUCAGGGUGAUCCCACAGGACAUGUACUACGACUAUGAGGAGCUGUACUCACGCGCCUUCAUCAGUCCUGACUCCAGCAUCCCAGCCAACCUGCUGCAGCUCACGCACUCGUUUGGGUAUGACUGCGCUCGGCGCUGUAACCUGCAGCUGCUGGAUGAGCAGACGCUGGCGUUUGUGGCGGGAAACCUUCUGGUGCUGCUGGACCUGCAGAGCAGAGAGCAGCGCUACCUGCGCAGCUGCAGCGGCGGGGGGAUCGGCACCAUCAUGGCUCACCCCAGUAAGGAAUACUUUGCUGUGGCAGAGAAGGGGCAUCACCCCAACAUCAUCAUCUAUGAGUUUCCCUCCCUGCGCCCCUAUCGCCUGCUCAGAGGCGGGACGGUGGAGGCGUACAGUUGUGUGGAUUUUAACCGGGAGGGCGCCCUGCUGGCCAGUGUGGGUAGUGCGCCGGACUACAUGCUGACGCUGUGGGAGUGGGCGCAGGAGCGGGUGCUGCUGCGCUGCAAGGCCUUCUCCCAGGACGUGUUCCGGGUCACCUUCUCGCCCUACAACCCCGGCCAGCUCACCACCUCCGGCUCCGGACACGUCAAGUUCUGGAAGAUGGCCAACACCUUCACCGGCCUCAAGCUGCAAGGGCAGCUGGGAAGGUUUGGGAAGACCGCGCUGACCGACAUCGAGGGCUACGUGGAGCUGCCUGAUGGCAAGGUGGUGUCGGGCUCGGAGUGGGGUAACAUGCUGCUGUGGGAGGGGGGUCUGAUUAAGGUGGAGAUCUGCAGGGAGAGGGGCAAGCCCUGCCACAGCGGCUCCAUCCAGCAGUUUGCUCUGGACGAGGGAGAGCUGAUCACCAUCGGCACGGACGGGGCCAUCCGGGGCUGGGAUGUGGAGAAGAUUGACGCUGCAGACUGUGCGGAUGAUUCCGGAAUGUUUGUGAUGGAGCCGAUGAAUGAGAUGCUGCUGGGGCGUCACGUCCGCCUCACCUCCAUGGUGAAGAGCUCGGUGCCCGAGUCCCUCAUCUGGUUCGCUCAGGACUCCAAUGGCUGCAUCUGGAAGCUGGACCUCUCCUUCUCCAACAUCACCCAUGACCCUGAGUGCUUGUUCUCCUUCCACGCGGGAGCCAUCCAGGCCAUGGACGUCUCCCCCACCUCCUACCUGAUGGCCACCACAGCGCUGGACCGUACUGUGAGGAUCUAUGACUUCUCUGCUAAAAGGGAGCUGACAGUGAGCCAGUACAUUCAGGGAGGCACAGCACUGAGCUGGGCACCUUGCUCGGUGAGCACCCAGGGUGCUGUGCUGGCGGUGGGAUUCUCGGAUGGGGUGCUGCGCCUCCUGGAGCUCUAUCGUUCCCUGGGCCUGGAGGAGGAGGUGGGGCUGACCCCCAGCAGGGAGGCGGAGCUCCGCCUCAAACAGGCCCUCAAGCCCCACAAUGCACCUGUGACCGCCAUCGCGUUCAAGCACAGCGGGGAGCUGCUGGCCACGGGGAGUGCAGACGGCACCGUCUUCUUCUUCACAGUGGGGGAGACCUGCGCUCCCAUCGGCUUCAUCAGGGUCCCUGCGCCCGUCCAGUGCCUGCAGUGGGCCCCAAAAGAGCACGACAGGAACACCCUGCUGAUUGUGUGUGAGAGCAGUUAUGUGCUGGAGGUCCAGGCCCCUGCAGCCGAGUCUCACACGCCCACGAGCACCUAUGAGAUGCAGGGCUUCCCCACCCUCACCUUCCACUUCCACAGCAUCAAGGCCCGAAUACAGAGAGAGAUGGAGAUUGCUCGGAGAGAGGCCCUGAAGGAGAAGAGGAGGAAGGAAAAGGAAGAGAGGGAGAAGCAGAAGGCUGAUGCCACCCAGGAAGAGGAGGAGGAGAAGAAAGAGGAAGAGGAGGAGCUGCCCCCCCUCCACACCCCUGACUCCCCCAGCCCCAUGCUCUGCGCAUUCUACUCCCAGCCGGGAGCCUUCUGGCUUUCCAUGGGUGGCUACGAUGCAGGAUUCCUGUAUCACUGCCGGUUUUCGGAGCAGCAGGAGGGAGACCCCGCGCUGAGACGGGACGAGCCCUUCGCCUUCCUCCCGGUGCAGGACACCGAGGACGACCCCAUCUGCACCCUGAGCUUCAGCUCGGACAGGCAGCUGCUGCUGUGUGGGAUGCAGACGGGGUGCGUCAGGGUGUUCCCCCUGCAGCCGCCCGACCCCCCCCUCUCCUCCCUCACCGCCUUCUGGGCCCUCAGUGUCCAUGACAACCAGUACGGCCGGGUGCGCAGUGUGCGCUGUAGCCAUGACGACCGCUUCGUCCUGAGCGCCGGGGACGACGGCAACAUCUUCGCCUUCAGCCUGCAGCCCAGCGAGCCGCCGGCAGGAGCCCUGCAGCACAGCCAGACCCGCAUCCCCUCCCCCCCGGCUGAUAUCGACCUGGAGCAGGUGGUACAGGACAUAGUGGACCCCAACGCAUACAGCAUCGAGACGGCCAAGCAGAGGACGGAGCUGGACCGCCUGCGCCGGGAGGCGGAGCAGAGGAAGGAGGAGAGGAGGAGGAGGCUGCUGGAGCUGCAGGCACAGUUUAAACAGCUGCUGCAGCGCAACCAGAGCCUCCCGGAGCAUGUGCGCCUGCCGCCCGAGGAGCUGGAGCUGGACCCUCGCUUCCGGGAGGAGGCGGAGCGCCUGACCGCUCUGCGGAUUCGGGAGGUGCAGAAAGAGCUGGCCUGGGAGGCGGAGCGCCACCAGAUCGGCCUGAAGAAGCUGCAGGACCGGUUCUGGGAGAGUCUUGAGUCGGACAUCAUCACGGUGGUGGCGUGUCAGAGUGAGCACAGGGUCUCCACAUACCGGCUGCUGCCCCCGUCCCACAGGUUCCUCAAACUGCAGGGGCAGUGCCAAACCCAGCGGGCGGGGCAAGAUCCCCGGCCCUGCAGAGCGGGCUCCGGCAAGGGCUCAGCCACAGGAGAGCCGGACUCCGCCCCCAGCGCGGGCGAACGGGAGCCAGGGGGACAGAGAGAAGAGGAGCAGGAUGACCUGGGGGUGCUGCAGGGGCGGGGUAUGAGGGGGAGGGUAGCGGGCCACCAGGGGGAGCGGCAGCAGAAGGCUGCAGAGAAGGCGGAGCAGGUCAAAGCCAAAAUUGAGAGGCGCAAGCAGGAGUGGGCGGAUCUCUUUGCCUCUAAGCCGGAUCAGGACUAUGAGGACCCUGCAGAUGUGCUUGCUCUCCAGCAGGCCAUCGAGCACAUGGGAGACUUCAAGCUGAAGACGGCCAAGGACUUCACCGUCCCGGAGCAGCUGAGGAUGAACACCGAGAGGAAGAGGAGCCAGCUGCUCGUCCUGGAGGAGGAGAUCUGUGAGAGGAAGCAGCAGCUGAACGGCCGCAUCGUGAGGCUGCGUGAGGAGAAGCUGCAGCUGAUCUGGCGGCUGCAGAGGUGGGCGCAGCAGCUGGACGCGGUGCAGACGCAGCUGCCUGCGCAGAAGCGCCUGCAGACGCUGCCGCUGCCCGUGCUGCGGCCGGAGGAGGCCCCCGAGCGCAGGCUGCAGUACACCCCCGCCACCCUGCGCCGCUUCGCGGAGCUGCGGGAGGCCCGGGCGCGCGGGCGGGGCCUGGAGGAGGGCGAGGAGGCGCCCAGCGUGCUCCACCUGCUGCAGCACGGCGACGACCCCGCCCACCCCACGCCGACCGCGCCCCGCGGCCACGCCCCCCACCCACCGCACCACAGAGAGCUGACCGAGCUGGAGGAGGAGAUGAGGACCCUGCAGGAGAUUCGACUGUGCUGUCAGCAGGAGGAGCUGCUGUCCCAGAUGAGAGAGGCGGUGUGGCGCUUCGAUGCUGAGCUGCAGGUUCUGCGUCAUGAGAAGGUGUGUUUGGACAUGCGGAUGAAGAUGGCGGACCUGCGUCAUGUGACCCUGUUCCAGGAGCUGCUGCUGCUCAAGGACUUUGAGAAGAGAGAGAACAACCUGCAGGAGAGACUCCGAGCCCGCACCCAGGAGGAGAACGACACCCGACUGAAGUGGGAGGACUGUAAGAAGCAGCUGGAGCUGAAGCAGCAGGGCGUCGUGAAGCUGCAGCAGAGGGAGAAGGCCCUCAGCGCCUCCUUCCACGCCUCGCUGGGGGACAACAACAAGUUCAGCGACUUCCUCACCAGAGUCUUCAAGAAGAAGGUCAAGCGCGUCAAGAAGAAGGAGACGAGUGGCGACGAGGAGGAACAGGAGGACAGUGAGGAAGACUCUGAUGAAGAGUGUGACUGGGAUGAGGAGGAGAGUGAGGGAGAGUCAGAGAGUGGAGGCGCCCUGGACGACAGCGUCUGCCCUCCGUCCUGUGACCCCGCCCUGUUUGAGAACACCCUGCAGUUACGGGAGAGACGGCUGGACCUGGAGGAGCUGCUGGCGGAGGAGAAGAAGAGCUGUGACGCCCUGAGGAAAGAGUGCGACGCGCUGGCCAAGAAGGAGAAAGUGGUGCAGGCCAGCCUGAAGGCAGCAGAGGGCGACCUGGAGCUGUUUGACCGCGAGAAGCAGCAGAAACUGAACGAACUGGACGUGAUAGUUCCUCUCAGACUGCACCAGAUUGAGUUCCUCAGUAACGGUGUGUUGCCGAGCGAUGUCUCCGACGCGCUGGUGAUGAACACGGCGGCGCUGAAGGCCCUGCAGGCGCGAAUCCGCCAGCUGCAGAUAGAGAAGCAGGAGCAGGGAGACGCGUACCGCCAGGCGCGUCAGCGCCACGCCCUGCUCACACACGAGCACAGAGACAUGCAGGCCCGCAUCCACGAGCUGGAGGAGCGCUGUGAGGAGAUGAUGCUGGCGAAGUUUGGGCGGCUGGUGGAUUUGGAGGUGCUGCAGACGCUGUCAGGGAACAGCCAGCUGGAGGAGCUGAAGCAGGACUGCAGAGCCAAGGAGGCAGCCAACACACAGGAGCUCAAACGGUGGAAGGUGAAGCUGACCGAGACGAAGCGCAUCCUAAUGGAAGUGAGCAGACGGCACACUGAGCGGGUCUGCAUGCUGAACAGCCUGCUGAAGGAGAAGAAGGAGCUGGAGGAGAAACUGGAGAGCAGACAGAGGAAGAUGGGAGCUCAGUUCAGGGAGCGGCGUGUGGAGGUGGAGGAGAGGAGCAGGCUGCAGGCGGUGGUGGAGGUGCAGGGGCGGGAGAUGGAGGCUCUGAGGCAGGAGAUCACUGCACUGUCCCGCAAGGGGGGCCACGUGGCGCCCCCCAGCCAGCCCCGCUCUGCUGGCCGGAGGAAACCCAAACGAGAGGGGGGGGCACAGCCAGCUCUGUCAGCCGCCAGCCAGGAGUAACCCCCCCACUCACACACAGCAAUGCACACACACACACACUCACACUCUCUCACACACUCACAUAA